GGGGGUGGAGUGUGUGCCCCGCCCCCAUCCUGCUCAUCCAAUCUGCUGGGAGCUGGAGGCGGCUGAGGGCCAGUGACAUGUCUCAGAGUUGGCCGUCUGUUAGUCGGGCCGAAAUGGUGACGCCACAAGUGAUUGUCGUGGGUUCCUGUAUGACCGACCUUGUCAGUGUGACGCCCCGGUUGCCCAAAGCCGGUGAGACCAUCCAUGGCAGCAAGUUUUUUAUUGGCUUUGGGGGCAAAGGGGCAAACCAGUGUAUCCAGGCAGCCCGACUGGGUGUGAAGACCUCAAUGGUUUGCAAGGUUGGAAAGGAUUCGUUUGGGAACGAUUAUAUCGCAAAUUUCACCAAGAACCAUGUUUCUACAGAUUUUGUGGGCCAGACGGCAGAGGCCGCCACUGGAGCAGCUUCUAUCAUUGUGAAUGCGGAAGGACAAAAUGCUAUAGUGAUAGUGGCUGGGGCCAAUUUGCUGCUGGACUCUGAGGACCUAAAGCGAGCCUCCACGGCUAUCAGCAGGGCCAACGUAUUGGUGUGCCAGUUGGAGAUAAGGCCUGAGAUCUCGUUAGAGGCCCUGAAAAUGGCCCGUUCCAGUGGAGUUAAGACGAUAUUCAACCCAGCUCCGGCCGUGGCACAACUAGACCCCGAGUUUUUCACCCAUUCGGAUAUCUUCUGCUGCAACGAGAGCGAGGCGGAAAUUCUGACUGCUGCUCCCGUAAACAGUCCGCAGGAAGCCGGUACCGCGGGGGCACUUCUGCUGGAGAAGGGGUGCAAGGUGGUCAUUAUUACCCUCGGGGGAGAGGGCUGCGUUAUCCUGUCACAAGAGGAUCCCACCCCAAAGCACAUAUCUACAAACAAAGUGAAAGCAGUGGACAGUACGGGAGCGGGGGACAGUUUUGUGGGGGCUCUGGCCUAUUACAUGGCGCUUUACCCCCACCUCUGCAUGGAAGAUAUGGUGAAACGGUCCAACUACAUCGCGUCGGUGAGCGUCCAAACGGCGGGGACCCAGACCUCCUACCCACACAGGGCUGAGCUCCCCCAGGGCAUGUUCUAACCACAUUCACAGCAGCCACAAAGCAAGGAUUCCUCACCUCCCAGGAAUGCAUUUAUGGAGGAGAUAAAGGGGUUGUUCACCUUAAAAUUAACUCUUAGUAUGCUGUAGAGCUAGAUAUGUUGAGACAAUUUGCAACUGGUCUUUUUAUUUGGUUUUUGAAUUAUUUAGCUUUUUGUGCAGCAGCUCUCUUGUUGCUAGGGUUCAAAUUACCAUAGCAACCAGGCAGUGGUUUGAAUGAGAAACUGAAAAAUCAAAUAGGAAUUGAAUAGAAAGAUAAGUAAUAAAAGUAGCAAUAGCAUUAAAAUUGUAGCCUCACAGAGCAAUAGUUUUUGGCUGCCGGGGUCGGUGACCCCCUUGUUAAAGCUGGAAAGAGUCAGAAGAAAAAGGCAAAUAAAAAAAGACCAAUUGAAAAGUAGCUACGAAUCAUCCAUUCUAUAACAUUUAACUUAAAGGUGAACUAAAGAACAUCUGGAGAACCUGCGGUUACCUUCACUUUGUUCAGGUAAUCAAGCCCUAAAUGUCCAAUGUAUGUCGGGCUGGAGGGGGUUCUAUUAAUUCCCGCGGCAUAGAGGGCUGGGAGUUAUAGUUCAUGGUUACUGGGGGGAGGGUUUAGUGGUUGCAACACUAAUACCUGAGGGGCCACUGGUAUUUCUGUGUAUCGCUAUCAUUUGCCAAAUAAAGAAGAUAUUCACUUUUAA